AUGGAUUACAGAAAGACAGUGUUUGUUCCUCAGCUAAGCAACGAAAUGCAGCUGAAUGUCAUGAACUGGGUGAAAUCAGGCAAAAUGAGUAUCGAUGAAGUUCUGAUUCGGGCUAACAAUGGCACGUUACACAAGCAGAGGAACUUUGAGCUGGAGGAAAAACAGUCACAGUACAACUUCAGUGUUCGUAAGUUCAACCGCUACAUAUGGCAGAAACGGGUGUUGCAGAUUGAUUUCAGCACAAGCCUUUUGUGCAGCAUUGAGAAAGGCAUUGUGAAACGGCAGCUCUGUUUUUCUGAGGUGAAAAACUGCCAUGAUGCACCAGGUACCAGGUUCUCGAUUUCGUUUAGAGAUCGGUCUGACUAUGAGCUGGAAGCUGCGUCCUUAGAGGACAAGCAGCAGAUCAUGCAGCUGGUAAAUCAGGUCAUCUACAGUAACAUAUACAGCCCUCUUGUGAACGGGAACUCUGUUGAAAUGCGAACUUCACACUUGCCUCCAACUCCUGACAACCUCAAAGAGGGCCACCUAUUACUGCAGAGAGGAGGACUGGCAUCAUUCAAAUGGAAGACAUACGAGGCUAAUCUUCAGACUGGUCAGCUGACCUUGUUCCCAGUCACUCAGCAGUCUUCCAGCAGUGAUGCAGGUGUGUCUGUUUCCUCCAGCGAGUCUGUCUGGAGUCUCUCAGAGAUUUACGCCAGUGUGGAUGAUAUCAGGUGUACUGGGGGUGAUGGGGCAGCUCUUGUCAUCCAUCUCUCCGACGGUAAUGUCAGGGUGGACACCCCCUGCAACACAGACACCUUCACACUGCACAAUGACAAGAAUGACUUUGUGUUCCGAAUACCAAAAAGUGACUACAUAACCCCACAGGCCAUAACAAAUGAGCGAGAUGCCUGGGUGAAAGCGAUCAAACAGCUAUGUGUGGACUGGAAAAGAAAGUCACAUCUUGAACACUUCUAUGAAGCCCCUGAAAAGGAUUUCACUGAUGUUACAGAGUCAGAAAGUAAGACACAGGACAACCACGUGCCGCUUGCACCUCCACCGGUGCCACAUUCACUGAGACCACGCUUGCCCAAAACAUCCCCGAAUGUUCCAGCAGCACCAGAGCCAGAAACCGCUUCCCUGGAAGCAUCAGAAGCAGAACCGAAGCCAACCCUUACAGCACAGAGCAGAGCUGUGCGCAAGCCAGGCCGGACGCCCUCAGCAGUGCCCGUGACCUCACCAGUGGCCACAUGCUCAUCACCGGCUCCGUUUGUUCUGCCCCCGCCGUUGCCUGUGCCGUCAGCAGUGCCAGGUCCUGCCCCUCCUGCCCCUUUGCCCCCUCCUCUGCCCAUGAAAUCCAAGCCGCUUUCAGAGAGGACAAAAGCUUUUCACUGGGACCUGGUGGCUCAGGAUAAGAUCGAGAAGUCAAUGUGGUCUCGCAGGAACCCCAGGAAGAUUGAAAUUGACUCCUCGCGCUUGUAUGAGCUAUUUGGAGUGAGAGAGAGGGGCCGCGUCUGCAGAUCAGAGUCCAUCAGUACUGUGGAAAUCAUGUUGAACUCAAAGAUCGCUCACAAUUUCAGUAAAUACGUGCCCACUCCAGAUGACAUUGAGAUGUAUAAAUCGCAUAAAGGAGACCCGAGUGAGCUGCAUGUGGUGGACCAGUACAUGAUGGAGAUGUGCAGCAUCCUGAACCUCAGCACCCGUCUGGACCUGCUGCUCACGAUGCGAGAGCUGCCCAUCUGUAUGGAGGACCUCACGCCGCUGAUUAUCCAGAAGAUCCACAUGUGCCAGCAGCUGUGGGCUUGUGACUCAUUUGUCAGCAUGCUGGAGUACCUUCUGGCCGUGGGCAAUUACCUCAACCAGAACGCAGGCAAGGACAGGGCCAAGGGAUUUCGCCUCUCGUCCUUAACUAAGAGACCAGCCAGGAUGAAGCCCCAGGGCGGGGUCGAAGGAGGGAGGAGCCAUGGUGGAGAAGGCCUUGACAACACCCUGGGGAUGAACAAUGGAGAUGGAGCCACUGGAGGUGGAGACCCAGAUGGAGCCGAGCAGACGGAGAGCCAGGGCGACACCAAGGAUCCGAAGGGCCAAGGCGGAGCUGAAGGUUCAGGUGACCGAGGCGGAGGCGGGGAUCCAGAAGGCCGCGAGUCAAGCAACCGCAGAGCCAGGGUGACACCGAGGAUCCAAAUGGCGAAGGCGGAGCUGAAGGCUCAGGCGACCAAGGCGGAGGCGGGGCUCCGGAAGGCCGCGGCGGAGCCAGAGCGACAGAGGACGAAGGCGGCCAUCGAGAAGCAUGAGGCCGAUCUCAGACAGCUGAUGAAGAGGUGUGAGGAGAUGAGGAAGCUCUACACUGACAUAUUGAUAAAAUUCGGAGAGCCUUUGGAUCAAGACUCCCAAGAAGUUUUCGGAUGGAUUUGCCAAUUUAUCAGUGACUUCAAGAAGGUGUACUCUGAAUACGCUCAGUGA